AUGUAGCAGGUUAACCAAAUUACAUUGGAUAACUCAGGCUUAUCUAAAGCUGAUGACUUCAGCAUAGAUCCAAUUUAAUAAUAAAUUCCUGAAAUCUUAGUUAAAUAAGAUUAUAGCCUUUAAUAACUAGAAGUUAACACAUCUCACAAGCAAUGGAAUGAGAGAAAUGAGAGAGCUUACUAACACAAUAUAUCCUCAAACUUCUCAGAUUUGUAAACAGACAAUAGCGCAAGUUAGUAGACAAGAGGAUAAGAAAAGAACGCAUCAAAUUCAUAUUAUGAUGAGUCUAACAUCAUUUUUUCUUCUGAGGAAAAUGAUAAUUCUACUAUUUAUAAUGAAUAUCAAUAAUAAGCCUCAGAUAAUUUAAAAUUAGUUAAAGAAUAUCUUACUACAAAUGACCCUUUCGCAAUCAAUAAUGGUACAGAGGAAAAUUCAACAAAAAGAGUAAAACUUUAGGGUAAAAAUAUAAACAUGUUGACUAAUCCAAUCAAUAAUAAUGAUAAUUUAAGAAAUUCAAAUAAGUAUUCUGUUUAUGAGCGAAAACUAUUGUAAUUAGUAAAUAAUCUAAUAAUAAAUAAUAGAGAAAAUGAAAUUAUAUUUUAAGUAGCAAUUACUUUUUCAAAUAUUAAUUUCUUUCUUGAUCAUACAACAAAAAAUUUAAUAUCAAGCUAAAGAAAUUAUCAGAAAAUAAAUACUAAUAAUGAUUAUAAAAAAUAGCAAAAUUACUAUUGUCUUUGUGGUAAAUUUUACUAAUCUACAAAAGAAAUGACAACUUCUUUAUAUAAUCAUUUAAAAUUAAAACACUAUUAAAAUUUAAAAUAGAACAAUAAUUAAUAUAAUAGCUAUUUACAAAUUUAUAAACCUUUUAGCUUUUACUUAGGUAUUACAUCCUCUUUAGAUAAAUACUUUAAUUACUUCGAAUCUUACAUUACCACUUUACUAAAAAGCUAAUUGUUUUAAUAUUACUUUUAUAAAAAUGUUGUUGGAUUAGAUUUUAUUGAACAAUUAUUAUAAGAUAUCUUAAAUGGAGAAUAAAUUAUUAAACAAUACUUUAGCGAAUUAUAAUUAAACCUAGAGAAUAUUAUGCCUCCAUCUAUAAAUGAUCAAAAUAAUAGCCUUAAUAAUCCAGAAUUAAAAAGAAAAUAACAAAUUAUUUACUCUUAAAAUGAAGAAUUUGAAUAAGUUAAAAAAAAGACAAAGACAGAAGAAUAAGACUCUUUUAAUUCUAUGAAAUAAAAUAUCUAUUAGCCAUCUUAAUUGUAUACAUUUGAAGGAAAUAACAAAUCAACUGAUUUGGAUAUAGCACCAAGAUAGGAUGAGCCUAAAUAUACUAUAAUUGAUAAGACCAUAAGAAUAAAGCAAUUAAACAAAAAUAAAUGCAAUAUAUUUGCUUAAUCAAUAUGCUAAAAAAAGAUUAUUCCUCGCUAUAUCAUGACAGAUAAAGGAAUCCUUUAAUUCAAUUCUUCAGAUUUUUAUAAUGUCAGUCGAUUUGGUAAAGAAAAUAAAGUAGAAUGGAGUCUUGAUCAAAAUAAAUAGAAAAUUAAAAGAAAUAAAUAAGUUCUAUUAGAAGCUUUAGAAUAAUUUGGAAAAAAGAAACCUUUAUUGUCUGCUUUAGCUGCAAUUCAUCUUGCUAAUAACCCCUCAUUUGUAUGGGACAGUUAUUAUACAAAUUAAAGCUAACUAGGAAUAAUGAAUGAUGUAUUCUAUCUAUUUUAGUAAUAUUUACCAUAUGAUAAAACUUCUGGAUUUAGAGUAUAGAGAUUUGAAUUCGAAGAUAUAGAAGACAUGAAAAAAGUAAUCAAUGACUAUUCGCCAGCUUACAAAGAAAAAUUACUUGUCCCUCUGUACUUUGGUAAGAAAGGAGACAACUAUCUUGAAAUAAUUGAUCAACUAAAAAUUAAUAGUAAUUAAAAACUAGUCGUGUUAAAAUGGAUAGAUCAAGCUCAUUGGGAGUCUGAUAUCUUUUAUCAAGACAAGCAUUUUUCCUCCAAUUUAAAUCUAGAAGAAGCAAGGUCUGAAAUGAUAGAUGUUGAAUAAAUGCAAUUCAGUAUCUUUUUAUGGUAAGAUGGAGAAUAUGAAGAUAAGGUAAAAAGGAAGAUAGAAUAAGAUAUUUAUAGAUACUUAAAUUUAAUACCAGAUUGUGUGCAAUUUUUAUUACCACAACGCUUUUCAAGUGAUACACUUUAUAUAACACAAAAUAUUAGUGAUUGGUUAAAUUAAAUUUGUGAUGAAAGUACAUCAGGCUUAUGUUCUGGUUUAGCUAAUUGUAUUAAUCUCUAAAAUUUGUCACUUGAACUUAUUGGUAAUUAAAUUGGUGACAAAGGUGCAUCAGGCUUAGGUUCUGGUUUAGCAAAUUGCAUUAAUCUCUCAAAUUUGGCACUUGACCUUAGUUAUAAUUAAAUUGGUGACAAAGGUGCAUCAGGCUUAGGUUCUGGUUUAGCAAAUUGCAUUAAUCUCUCAAAUUUGACACUUGGCCUUAGUUCCAAUAAAAUUGGUGAUGAAGGUGCAUCAGGCUUAGGUUCUGGUUUAGCAAAUUGCAUUAAUCUCUCAAAUUUCACACUUGAACUUCGUUCCAAUAAAAUUGGUGAUGAAGGUGCAUCAGGCUUAGGUUCUGGUUUAGCAAAUUGCAUUAAUCUCUCAAAUUUGACACUUGACUUUAAGAAAAAACAGUUUAUUUGUUUUGAAUUGUGA